AUGUUCAGCCAGUUGGGAUAUCAAGCUCUUCCACUGGGGGACUUUGACCAUUUCCAGCAAUCCAGCAUUGGAUUCUAUGGAUCUCAGAAGAGCUUAUUUUCCUUUGGGCAUGUGCAAGACCCAUGGGGCCAGAUCCCGCAUACGAAAGGUUCCUCCCAGGGCUGGCUGUCAUGGAUUUGCCAUGGGAUUGUAACGUCUUUGGCCUUCCUGAUGAUGGUCAUCACCUUCCCCAUCUCCUCAUGGUUUGUCUUGAAAAUAGUCCCUGCUUACGAGCGAAUGAUUGUAUUCUGCUUGGGCCGGAUCCGAGCCCCCCAGGCUCCAGGCAUGGUCCUGCUGUUGCCGUUCAUAGAUCACUGGCAACGAGUAGACUUGAGGACAAGAGCCUUUAACGUGCCACCGGGUAAGCUGACCACCAAGGAUGGAGCCAUGAUUUCCAUGGGGGCUGAUAUCCAGUUCCGGGUGUGGGAUCCUGUGCUGUCUGUCAUGAUGGUGAAGGAUCUGAAUGCAGCCACCCGAAUGAUGGCCCAAAAUGCCAUGAACAAGACCCUGCUGAAGAAGAACCUGAGGGAGAUCCAGACGGAGAAGCUGCGGAUUGGGGACCAGCUCCUGCUUGAAAUCAACGACAUGACCAAGUCCUGGGGCCUGGAAGUGGAUCGGGUUGAGCUGAUUUUAGAGGCAGUGCUACAACCCUCCCAAGAGAGUCUGUCUGGACCUCUGACCAUGACACCCCCGAUCCUUGGGUUUGAAGGGCUACAUAACACCAUUCAGCAGCUGGCUACUCACUUCUUUAGCAACAGCGUGGCAGUGGCAGCAGCAGCUAGUCCUGAGACAGGUAACCAGCCUGACAGCGUGGUGACAGUGAAUGAGGGAGAACAACCAGCUCCUACCAUCACCACCACCAGUAGCAGCAGCAGCAGGAGGAAACCUAGCCCUGAGGAGUUGCUGUCAGCUCUGGAGCUGUUCUUGUCUGAGUUCUUGGUUGGCUCAGUCAGAGCUUCCUACCAGCUCAACAUCAUACUUCCGAGUGGUGCGCGGAGAACCUACUUCAUAGAUCUCACUGCAGGCAGUGGGCGAAUUGGCCAUGGGGACCCUGAGUGCAACCCUGAUGUGAUUCUGGAGAUGAUGGAAAAUGACCUGCAGGCUUUCUUCUCAGGUGAACUUCACCCUCUGAGUGCCUACAUGAGCGGGAGGUUGCGUGUCAAGGGUUACCUGAGCGUUGCCCUGAAACUAGAGGAGCUCUUCAAGGCAAUGAAACAACGUAGAUAAAGAGAGAAUGUGUGUGUGCAUGCGCACAUGCAUGUGUGCGUGUGUGAGAAGGCAGGAGAAUUGAAGAAUCUGGCAGGAGAACCAUCUAAUUGUGAAGGGAGUGAGGACUCAAGCUUUUCUAUUCUCUGUUUCAUGCACUGGGGAUAUUGAUCAUUGCACAGAGGAGAAAGAAGACAAAUCCCCUCUGUGACGGGAUCCCUCAGGUGCAGCCUAGGACUGUGGGACCGCUGUGCCCCCUUAACUCUCCAGCCUGGUCUGUCUCUCACAAUGCUUUGCUAAUGACAAGCAGCAAACCCCUCCAGGCGCUGUGAUCACUCAGCACAACCACAUGUGGAGCCCCACACCCAGCUAAAUUGCAUGAAUGCUCCCAGAGCCACUCAUGAAUUGCAGAGAAAGGCACCAGCCAAAUCCCCCCAGCUCCCAGCACUGUACCUCAGGAAUAUACCAUCUUGCACUGCUGAAGACAAGCUGUGCAAGUUUAUUAAUUGGUUUGCCACUUCAUCAAUGGAAAGUGGAUAUACACCAGCCUUUGCAAACCUGAGCAGAUUUACCAAACACUUCAAGCAAAUUCACUGGUAAAGAUAAACAGUAAAAGAAGUUUAUUGACUAAAAAAGAUAUAUUUUAAGGGGUAAGCAAAAAGUCAGAGUUAGUUACCAAAAGAAAAGAAAAUAUAAGCACACAGCCUAAACUCUCAAUCCUAUUAGACUGGGAAACAUCUAGAUUAAGCAGUUUUUCUCACCCCACUGGAUAUUGCAGUUCAUAGUACACAGGUUUCACCCUUGAAACCUGGGCUAGUCUCCUCUGUUGGCGUCUUCAGUCUUCUCCUUACUGCUUGCGGCAUAGGUGGGGGAAAAAGAAAAGGCCAAGCAUGUGGCUGUGUUCUGUUUUAUGCCCUUAGUCCAUAUGCUUGGAGAACACAAGUCCAGGCAUGUCUGGUGGGCAUUGCUGAGUCACCACUUGGCAAGGUUAAGCAAUUCCACUGGUAUGGCCUUAUACAGGUGAGUCAUUGCAUUGUAGCUCCUUUGCUGGACAAUGGUGGUUGAUGGUUGUUCAACACUUACCUGGGCAUUGGUUAUCCCCCUAGUUAUUGUCUCUGGAGAGCUAGUAUCUGGGUGCUUCCCAAACCCACAGCAUAUUUUAGUGACAACCAUACAACACAAUUCUCAUAACUUCAUAUGCACCAAUUAUAUAUAUAUAUAUUGAGAUGGAACAGUGGGUUUCAGCAGAUCUUAACUUUUCCCAUGCUACCUUACAUGGCAUGCAUUAUAUGCAAUAUCACAAUUAUAUACAAAAUGAUUAAUAUGUGGGUUACAGGGCGCUCCCCUGGGCUGUAGAGUGUCACACCCUCCAAACACGAGUGCCCUGGGGGAGUGCAGAAUGAUAGUGCGAGAGGCCACACUGAGAACCCAGCAAUGCUAAACCCAGGGUUGUGAAUUCAACCCUUGAGGGGGCCAUUUAGGGAUCUGGGGCAAAAAUUGGGAAUUGGUCCUGCUUUGAGCAGGGGGUUGGACUAGAUGACCUCCUGAGGUCACUUCCAAUCCUGAGAUUCUAUGAUUCUAUGAAAAUCCACUUGGCACAAAGCUCUGAUGGUGGGGGUUGGGUACCAAUGGGUCAGGUCUAAGCAAACUUCCGAAGGGAAGUGGUGAAUUCUGCAGGUCUCAGUACCAUCAGAACAAGCCUGGAAGCCUUCCUGAAAGAUGUGGCUUAGCCAAGCACAAAUUGUUGGGAUCAGCACAGGCGUACCUAGGUGAAUUCUCUGGCCUGUGCUAUGCAGGAGGUCUAAUGGUCUCUUCUGGGCUUACAAUCUAUGACUCAUCUCAAGAAGAGGAAAAACAUCAGGUGAAAGGCUUGAUGCACAGCUGGGUUUCAACCCACGCUUUUGUUUUUGUGGGUGCACAGAACCUCCCACCCCCACCCCGCCAAUUGGAAUUUGUGUUACUCCCUAAUUGAAGUCCACAGGAGUUUCAUGUUGUCAUAACCAUACAGCUAAGGGUAGCUUAGAAUUCCUCCUUACCUGUAAGGGGUUAAGAAGCUCAAAUAACCUUGUUGGCACCUGACCAAAAAGACCAAUGGGGAAAGACGAUACUUUCAAAUCUUGGGCCAGGGGGAAGGCUUUGUUUUGUGUGUUUUCUUGGGCAGCAGAGAAGCAUGAGGUCAGAAAAUUCCUUCUCCUAUAAACCAUCCUAAAUGUCUCUCAUGUUACAAAAAUUGUAAGUAAAAGCGAGGCAAGGCGUGUUCGAUUAUCUUUUGUUUUGCUUGUGAAUUUUUCCUUUGCUGGAGGGAAGUUUUUUCCUGUUUUUUGUAACUUUGAAACUAAGCCUAGAGGAAGUUCUGCUGUGUUUUUGAAUCUUUUGUUACCCUGUAAAGUUAUUUUCCAUCCUGAUUUUACAGAGGUAAGUUUUACCUUUUUUUAAAAUAAAAUCCUUCUUUUA